AGAAGUUGAACUUCAACAUCAUGGCACUUUUGACCAGAACAGAGCAUGUUCGAUUACUAUAUAAAUCUCGUUUUCAUGGGUAGCGGUAGAAGCCGUAGCCUUCGCUAUUAAACUUAAAGGUAUAAAUAAGUUAAAAAAUGCAUAAUGAAGAAGGCUGAGGCUCUUUAGAUGAAUGCAGCAAAACUUGCUAUUGUUCGAACUGGAGCCCAAUGCCAAUGUCAGCACCCCUGUAAAGUGCAAAAACGCUUAUUUUUUGGAAGAUUUUUUUAGGUGGACCUGCAAUCCAGAUAGUACUGGUACGGAUGUAACUCCUGAUGUGAGUGGGUAAGAAUCUUCACAUACUACAUGGAUGGCUAGAAGAAGUUGAACGUUGAACCAUGGGUAGAAGUUGAACGUUGAAUCAUGGGUAGAAGUUGAAGUGUCUUGUAUUUAAAAGGUUAUUCUUCUGAACUUGUUGUAUAGUAGUUGUAGUCCCGACUCUGAAAUUGAUUCUUGAGCAUUGAUUCUUGAGCAAUUAUGCUCUUCUUGUUGAUGACAUUGGGGCUUUUUGAUUGGUACCUACUGCUUCGACUUCCAGAUACAAGAACAGCUCUUACUCAUGCUGGAUUUUUUUUUGACGUCCUCCUUUCGGGUGCCGCGAAUCACUUUAUUAGCCUUAAUUAUGCUUUACUUAUCCUUAUGAACCCCUACCCUGCCAACUGUGGACCCUCAUGUCCAUAUGCCAACAACUCUCUUCAUGCUUUCCACCACCUUCUUGAACGAUUAUUUGUGCCUAUGGCCAUUCGUGGUCAUCCUCGUGGACCAUCACGUCCAUAUUACCACCUACGGAUAAUUCUAGGCGGAUGAAGUCUUUCAUAUGCUGCAUGUAAAGCAUGUUGAAAUUGCACGACGAGCAGUGACACGGUCAUGUCCGAGGUCUGGGGCGAGAGACGGGGAUACCCUGAACUUGAACUUGUGACACGGUCAUGUCCGCUGGGCUCGGGCUACCGCGCAUCGCCACUUGAUUGCUUGAUUAUAAUCAUCAAAUUUGAAAUUUAUUCCUGAUGUUCUUCUCCUUAUGCAUGAAGAGGAUGAAGAUGGACUCAUUCUGAUAUGAUGUGCAUAGGACGACCUGCGACACACACAUGAUACAUCAGAGACAGAGGGCUG